AUCCGCCCUGCCCAUCCCCGCGAGACUUAGCAAGGGAAAGGAGGGGGCUUCGGGCCAGUGCAGCGGAGCCCGGCUAUUUACGGCCGGAUUUCUGGAAGGGGCCCAGCCUGAGGGAGCCGUCUUGAGAGGGAGUCUGGGAGGGGGCAGCCCGGCCCCACUCCCGCCCUUUGUUUGGGCUCGGCUGCGCUGGCCGCUUCACUGUCGCCUAGCAACAGCUGCCCUGAGUGCUGAUUGGCUAAACUCUUGGCGGCAACAACCAAUGGCGUGGUUGUUGCCAUGGGAGGUGCGGCCUGCCGAACUCAGUUGGGCCCCGCCCGCCGGGACUCCACCGGCCGGGGCGGGCUUGCCGGGUGGGGGGCGGGACGCCAGGGUCCCUGGGGGCGGGUGGCGACGCGGGGCGGGGCUGGGCCGUAGGGCGAGGGUUAACCCGCCCUUCCCCCGUCCACCUGCUGUCCCCUUCCCCCGCGUGCCCCGAUCUGACCCUCGUCCCCUCCUCUCCCCGCCCCCCUGGCGGCGGUGGCGGCGGCUGCUGUUGUCACCCACCGGGCCGCCUGUCCCGCUUGCCCUCACCGCCGCGGGACUGGCCAGGCCGGGGACAGGCGGCCACCCUCUCAUCACCGCCGCCACCACCGCCAUGCUGGCCGUUCGCCCACCGCACUGGGGGCCCCAUCGCUCCCCAGCCCCCCGUGGGCCCAGCGCCAGCCCUGACCCGGGUCUCAGCGGCGGUGGCAGCCGAGGUGCAGGAUGCGAGAAGGCGCCCCCCGGCCGGGCUCCCGCUCCAGGCCUCACACCCCUGCGGCCCUCUGAGCCCACCAUGGCCGUCCCACCAGGCCAUGGUCCCUUCUCUGGCUUUCCGGGGCCCCAGGAACACACACAGGUAUUGCCUGAUGUGCGGCUACUGCCUCGGAGACUACCCCUGGCCUUCCGGGACGCAGCCUCAGCCCCACUGCGCAAGCUCUCAGUGGAUCUCAUCAAGACCUACAAGCACAUCAAUGAGGUAUACUAUGCGAAGAAGAAGCGGCGGGCCCAACAGGCGCCAUCCCAGGACUCGAGCACCAAAAAGGAGAAGAAGGUCCUGAACCACGGUUAUGACGACGACAACCACGACUACAUUGUGCGCAGUGGCGAGCGCUGGCUAGAGCGCUAUGAUAUUGACUCUCUUAUUGGCAAAGGCUCCUUUGGCCAGGUGGUGAAAGCCUAUGACCACCAGACCCAGGAGCUGGUGGCCAUCAAGAUCAUCAAGAACAAAAAGGCCUUCCUGAACCAGGCACAGAUUGAGCUGCGGCUGCUGGAGCUGAUGAACCAGCAUGACACAGAGAUGAAGUACUACAUAGUACACCUGAAGCGGCACUUCAUGUUCCGGAAUCAUCUGUGCCUGGUGUUUGAGCUGCUGUCCUACAACCUGUACGACCUCCUGCGCAACACACACUUCCGAGGUGUCUCACUGAACCUGACUCGGAAGCUGGCACAGCAGCUCUGCACAGCACUGCUCUUUCUGGCCACACCUGAGCUCAGCAUCAUCCACUGCGACCUCAAGCCUGAGAACAUCCUGCUCUGCAAUCCUAAGCGCAGUGCCAUCAAGAUCGUGGACUUUGGCAGCUCCUGCCAGCUUGGCCAGCGGAUCUACCAGUAUAUCCAGAGCCGCUUCUACCGCUCACCCGAAGUGCUCCUGGGCACACCAUAUGACCUGGCCAUCGACAUGUGGUCCCUGGGCUGCAUCCUUGUGGAGAUGCACACCGGAGAGCCCCUCUUCAGCGGCUCCAAUGAGGUGGACCAGAUGAGCAGAAUUGUCGAGGUGCUGGGCAUCCCGCCUGCGCCCAUGCUGGAACAGGCACCCAAGGCUCGCAAGUACUUUGAGCGGCUGCCUGGGGGUGGCUGGACCCUACGAAGGACAAAGGAACUCAGGAAGGAUUACCAGGGCCCCGGGACACGGCGGCUGCAGGAGGUGCUGGGCGUGCAGACGGGCGGGCCCGGGGGCCGGCGGGCGGGGGAGCCGGGCCACAGCCCCGCCGACUACCUCCGCUUCCAGGACCUGGUGCUGCGCAUGCUGGAAUAUGAGCCCGCCGCCCGCAUCAGCCCGCUGGGCGCUCUGCAGCACGGCUUCUUCCGCCGCACGGCCGACGAGGCCACCAACACAGGCCCGGCGGGCAGCAGUGCCUCCACCUCGCCGGCGGGCCUCGACACCUGCCCCUCCUCUAGCACCGCCAGCUCCAUCUCCAGCUCUGGAGGCUCCAGUGGCUCCUCCAGUGACAACAGGGCCUACCGCUACCGAUAUUGUGGGGGGCCUGGGCCCCCCAUCACCGACUGUGAGAUGAACAGCCCCCAGAUUAUACCCUCCCAGCCUCUGCGCCCCUGGGCAGGGGGUGAUGUGCCCCACAAGACACAUCCAGCCCCUACCUCUGCCUCGACAUUGCCAGGGACUGGGGCCCAGUUACCCCCCCAACCCCGAUGCCUUGGACGUCCCCCAUCACCAACAUCACCACCACCCCCGGAGCUGAUGGAUGUGAGCCUGGCAGGCAGCCCUCCAGAAUGCUCUCCACCUCAUCCAGCACCUGCCCCCCAGCACCCGGCUGCCUCAGCCCUCCGGACUCGGAUGACGGGAGGUCGACCACCUCUCCCACCCCCUGAUGACCCUGCCACUCUGGGGCCUCGCCUGGGCCUCCAUGGCGUACCCCAGAGCACAGCAGCCAGCUCAUGACCCUGCCCCCUCCCUGGGGCCCCUCCUGAAGCCAUACCCCCCCAUCUGGGGGCCCUGGGCUCCCAUCCUCAUCUCUCCCCUUGACUGGACUUGCUGCUACCCAGCUGGGGUGGGUGAGGCCUGCACUGAUUGGGGCCCAGGGCAGGGGGUCAAGGGAGAGGGGUUUUGGCCGCACCCUCCCCACUAAGACUGGACCCUUGGCCCCCUCUCCCCCCUUGUUUUCUAUUUAUUGUACCAAAGACAGUGGUGGUCCGGUAGAGGGGAGAUUGCCCCUCACCCUAGGGCCCUAGGAGGGGGUGGGGGCAGGUAGGGGGAGAUGGCCUUGCUCCUCCUUGCUGUACCCCCCAGUAAAGAGCUUUCUCACAUGCCUGCCUGAGCGUUUGCAGGGCCUUGGCUCCCUCUCCUGACCCUCAGAGGCAUGGUGGGGAAGGUUGUGUGGGAAAGGGUGCUUUGUGGCUUGGGUAUAUCCCUCCUGGGGACAUCAUACUUGGUGCAGGCACGGGGCAGCGGGAAGUUGGCGGGCUGUAGAACCAUAGACACAUCCUGGAUACAACGAUCCUGGCCCACAUUUGCCUUUUCCAGGAUAAAAGGCCGCUUUCUGGCCUGUUGCUGGAAAUAGUAACGUCCUGCACUCGUCUGUCAGGGCUCUCAUAGAGUCCACCAAGGAGUGGCUUUUUGUGUCAGGCAGGCACCCAGUAGGCUCUGGGUGUACUCCACGGGCCUUCCUUGGUACUAUCCAGACAGGCCAUGGGGACAGAUUUUACCCCACCUGUGUCCAGCCCCAUUCUGGAGUCAUUGCCGAAUAUUGAGAUUCUCGGGCAAAAAGACGCUCCCUGACUUUCAGGUAAGUGAAUUUUGUUUCAUGGCAAUUUGGAACCAGCUGUCUCCCAGUCAGUUUUGGAAGAACCACCUGGUUCAAACUGUUAAGCACUCACAACGGGCGGGCGCGGUGACUCCUGGGAGGUGGAGUUCUGCUAAGGCUAGCUCUUUGCUCACUUUUCUUGGGGAACUACAAAACCCAGAAGUCUCUGCGCACGUGUCUGGGGCCUGGUGUUCGCUGAGCUUUCGGCAUUAGGGCCCGGAUGUUGGCGGGUCAGGAGAACGGGUAGUGAUUGGAUAGUGUGCAGGGGCGGGGCGGGGGUGGUGGUGCUGGAAGUUGUCAAUCCACCUUGCAGGGCCUGGGCGGGGCAAUGGCGGGCACACGCAGAAGCCGUGGUGAGCAAGGUCCUGGUCGCUUGUGGGUCACUGGUGAUAGUGAUCGUUUUGAGAAUGCCGGUUAAGAUUUAUUGGGGGUCUUUGGUUAUGUAGAGAGCUGGACUUUUUCGAAGGGGCUGAGGCACAAUGAGAGGAAGGUGUACAGCCCAGUUUUUCUGAAACAUGAUAAGUAGGCUGCAGUAAAAGACUCGGGUCUGGCGGCUUGUGACAGGCCCCUAGGCAAGAGCUGUCUGCGGUGUAACCGGGCAGGGGCGGUGCUGAGGAGGCCAGGGAAGGACAGAUGAACUUUCUUGACGAUUGCGUUGACAGGCUGAGUGGAAGGAUGAGAUAGAGAGGGCCGGGAAGGGAGGUCUCCUGCCCCAUUAAUAGUAUCGGUUUGGUUUGUUUGUGUGUGUGUGUGUUUGUGGUGCUGGAGAUGGUACCCAAGGAACCCCAGAUGCUAGGCAAAUGUUCUACACACCCAGCCUCCCAGUAAAAGACUUUGUUGACUGAACAGUCCUAGAAGACCAGAACUGCGGUGACCUCUCCGAGUUUAGGCCUAGUGAGGGCAGAUGGAAGUUAAGUUACUUCUUGUCUAGGGUCACACCACUAGGAGAUAGGCUCAGGUUGGGGUGUGUGUGUGUGUGUGUGUGUGUGUGUGUGUGUGUGUGUUUACCAGUACAAAUUAAUUUAGCAAAGUGUAUUUGAGCCUGGAGGCCUCAGCAGGACCAAAUCAUGUAGGCCCUGUGAGGAAUGUAGAAUGGGUGUGGGAUGCCAUUUGUUUGUAGUUGAGAACUGCUCCAGGCUGGCUGACUACCUGAUAACCUCCUUGGGUAUCUCAAGGGUACUCAGAGUUCAUACCUGUGAAUGUCCAUGACAUCGUCAUUGGUCUUCCUGCCUUCAUCGUUCCCCGUGUAACCAAAGAAACUCUGAGCACCUACUUGUCCCUCCCUGCUGAGAAGCCUCCUAGAUGCCAUCUCACUUGGGGUGAAAGCCCAAUCCUUCCAUGACCUGCGGGCCUUCAUCACCCGCCUCUGCUCCAGCCACACUAGCUAGCCUCAGGACCGUGGUGCGUGGUGUUCUCUUUGCCUGCAUCAUUUGUCUCUAGACAGCACAGCCUGACCACUCUUCUGAAUCAUCUUUCUGAUGGCCCUGCCCAUUCUCCUUCUUUAAGUUUUUCCUUGGCUCAGGCAUAUUGCUGGCACACGCUGAAAUGUAUCUUGUCACCAACCGCCUCCCCUUCCAGGAGCCCUUGAACUCCUUGGAAGCAAGCAUUUGGGUCACUUUAUGCUUUUUCUCCCACACAGAAGAAUAUGUGGCACCAGCAGGGCGUAGAUCUGGACUCCACUCAUCCCCUUGUGUACAGCUGAACCUUUCUGAGAGCUCAAGACAGCAGGGAUUUUGCUUCUGCAGUAUACAAUGUGGAAACAGCAGAGGAGAAAGGGUGUGUCUCUGCCAUGAAAGAACUCAGAUAGCACAGCUCUGGGAAGUGACCAGGAUCAAGAGCAUUGAAGGAAAACUUGUAGGUGCUUUUGGCUCCAAGUAAGAGAUCCCAGCCCAUGGGGUUGGCAUCGGCUCCAUCCAGAAAGAAGUAUGUAUGUGAUGAUUGACACCCAGAGGCUGAGGUUAUACCUUGUCCUUCUCAGGAGGACCUUGAGUCCCCACUGUCUGUGUACAGAGAGUUGCAGGGGAAUUACAGCAGGACAGGAAGCAAGGUUAGCUGUGUUGGGAUUCUGUCGGUUUUGUUUGGGAUUUAUUUAUUUUAUGUGUAUGAGUAUUUUGCCUCUAGGUAUGUCUGGUGCUAAAGAGGGCAUUGGAUUCCCUGAAACUGGAGUUAGGGGUAGUUGUGGACCACUGUGUGGAUGCUAGGAACUGAACCCGGGUCCUGUGGGAGAACAGCAAGUGCUCUUAACCACUGAGCCAACUCUCUAGGCCCAGCUGUAUAUUUAAAAGGUUCCAGACAGGUGUUCCCAUGGCUACACUUAAAGACAGCCUUCAUUCUGCUGUCUAUACUCGAGUUGGGGAAGUCUCUUUCCUCUUGAGUAAUGACUGGGCCAGUAACUUGAGCCCAGUGGCCUUCACGGGUCUGUCGGCUUCUCCAUUCACCCUGGUACCCUGACCAUCUUUAGAGAGAGAGGUCCAGUCUUUGCCCCACCUACUGCAGCUGGGCCAGAUUUGUGCAUGACCUCGUGGACCUUAUGACCCAACUGGCACUACCCUGGAACAGACUUGAGUCCUCCUCAGGCCAUACCCCCUGAACCUUUUUCAUAUUCCAGAAUCAUGAAAUAAACAAUUGGAAUUUUAUGACACUGUUUUAGGAUGAUUUGCUACUAGCAAUAGCUAACUGAGGUAAAGUAGUAUUUUCCGAAUCAUUCAAUGGUGAUGUCAUCUAACUAUGGGAUCGCUACUUGAAUCUCUCUCAGCUAACUAGUGCUGUUGUGACCAUCCUACAGAUAAAGAAUCAAGGCAUGAGAGAUAUCCCUGAAGCAUUGUGAGGUUCCUUAGCCUUAGUCUGUCCUGGGUACUCAAGCAUUAAUAACAGCAAGGAGUUUAUGAGAAUUAAGUUCUUCAUCGAUGUUGAAGUGAUGGUGGGCAGGUGAAUGAAAGCAUUGUUAACCACCUUUUAGGAAUGUAGUUCUAGCCCGCUUCCUUGGCAAGAUGGGGAGGGCAGCGAGUCCUUGGUGGCACUAGUGGUGCCGUGGAGUCCGCUUGCUUCUGACUCGCUCCCAGGGAAUCCAGCGACUUGUCGAGUUAAGUCAGACGGAGCCUCCUGUUACUAGGAAGCAUGAAGUCCUGGUUGAACCCGGUUCCUGUUCACUGCUUGUUGAUUUAUCCUGUCACAGGUGCUUGCCACUUUGUGAGCACUGUUGGGGGGGGGGGGGUGCCAAAGCCUGCAUCCCGGGACAAGGUAGAUUUCAGUGAAAUGCCAGGGAGAUGAGCCAUGGACACUGGUUGGGGGACAGAGACGGUAAGGAAAGCAUUAGAGGACUAGGCCAAAAGGGAGGAAGCCGUGUGUUCUUUAAGGAAGGACAUCCUUGUCGGGAAACUAAAACUAAACAGACAGGAGUGACUUGGACAAGGGCAAGGUCCCUGAGCAGCCAUGGGAGGCCUUGACUUGGAUGCCAAGCAUCAUGGAAAGCAUCAACCCUUUCAAUCAGCAGGGAGCAGUGCAGUGUUCAAGGGCCUCUGAGAGCCGUACAUUAGAGGCAUGGAACAUUCCAGUGGGACAGACAGUCUAGUCAGCGUUGGUGUCUGUGGCUUGGUCAUGGUGGUAGCAGAAGAGGUCAGGUGUCGGAUGCAAGGUGUUGGCUUGCAUGAGUCCGGAGCAGCCUGAGUGGAGGAGGAAGGAGGAAGCAUGCUGGCCGCUGAAUGUGGAAGAGCAGUCGGGUAGGCGCGUGUGAGAACGGUCACCAUGUUGCUAACGUGAGAGCCCUGGAGAUCAGAAUGGGGAAGAUGGAAGUGAGGAUGAGAAUAAGAGCAGGGGCCAGCCUGGACAGCCACAGUAAUCUCUGUGAGAUGACUAGUGGGGGCCAGGGCACGGUGUGGUGAGCGGUCGCCAAGUCUGACUAGUAUUGAAUUCAGAACGCCCUGCUUCAUGGGUUGGUCAUGAGCAGUGACAGCAAGAGAAUUGAAGGCCCUCCUGGGAGUAGAGUCAGGACCUGUGACGGCGCCUGGGCUCUUGGGGGCAGCCGAGGCUCCCCCCACUUCUCAGCACCUACUGCUUCCCCUCUGUGCAGGUGGCUGGCUGCCCUGGAGGGAACUCUUGCCCCAGCCCUAUGUGGCCUUCCUGCUCAGUUCCCUACAGCUCCUCCAUUCUUGGUCACAAUGUGGCCGGCAGGAGUUGAAAUGCAGGGGCCAGCACUACAGCCCAGUUAGACCUGCUGCCGUUGGAGGGCUCCUCUUGUGAUGUGUGUCCUCUUCAGAGGGCGCCGAGCUCGGCAGGCACCCCAAGCCUCACAGUUAGUGUGCUGACAGCAGGUGUAAUAGGUUGAGGAUUUGGCCCUGUUUUGUGGGAAGGGGUGUGUGGAAUGAACUGUUGAUGUUGCCUCAGGUGUGGGGACCUGAGAAGUGGGUGGAAAACACUUACCCUGGAGCAUCCCCGUAGAAAGUAGAGUCUAGCAGGCUCUGAGCUGAGAAGGGCUCAAGAUUAGGUCAGGAGCGUUCUCGGCCCAGUUUCUUCUUUCUUACCUGCAUCCCUGUGAGCCAGACAGUGAUGGCAGGGCCGGCCUCUGAGCUCACACCUCACCAGUCGGGGUGGCAUCCCGCCUGCCGAGUGCUCAAGGCUGAGCAAGGAAAACAGGCUUGGGCAAGACAUGGUGGCAGGGGGCUGUGGAAACCCAGGGGCCACACCUGGACCAGUCUGCACCAGGAGACGUGCGUGGGUAAGGUCUACAGAAGUCAAAUGAGGGCACAGGACCACUGUAGCCAAGUCAGUAGAGGGAGAACUUCCUAUCCAUCACUUUAGCCUUGUGGGAAAAUGUCAGGGUCAUUCAGAGGCUGUCCCCUGGUGUGCCUAGCUCCCCUGGUGUCGGUGUCUUUCAUAAGACACCCCCUCACCCCUCCCCCCCCCCCCCCCCCCCCCCCCCCCGUUGACUGGCACUCACUUCACUCAUGCCCUAGUCACACCUCUCCCUUUUUCUGUUCAGGAUCCAGCCCAGGAGGCCAUAUCGCAUGUAUCCUUCCGUUGUGGGGCACUUUCUCCGUGACGGUUUCUAAAGAUGGUGGUCAGGAGCUCACAGCGUGCUGCUCUGUCUGUCUGUUAGGUAUUCUUCUCAUGGCUAGGUUGGUAUUUAAAUUCUGGAAAGUCUGCUGAGGUGGUGUCGCCCAUGACCUCAGUCUGCAGAUUUCCCAGCUGUAGGAUUCCCGUUCUCCUCUUCCAUCCUUUUUGUAAGAAGUGGUCACUGACUUCAGUCCACUCUCAGAGUGAGGAGCAUUAGGCUCCAGUUCCCGAAGGAAGACGCUGUCACAAGGAUUUGUACCCAUGUGUUACAACUACAGUGCAGUAGUCUGCUUUCUGUUGCUCUAACGAAAUGCCUGCGCCUGGGUAAUGUGUAAAGAGAAGAGCUAAGUUUGGGAAACUGAAUCUCCAAGACCAGAUGCCCCCCUUUUUUCAUGAUUUGAGGUAGAAGUCAUCAUGGCAAGGAACAUGUGGGAAAGGGGUCGAUGGUGAGGUAGGAAACCAGACAGUGAGGAGCUGGCAGGCUUGCUUUUUUAAAAUAAUAUUUGUGAGAACUAACUGGGGUCUCACAAGAACUUAGUUCUAUUGGAGAGCACACCCUGUGACCUCUUCACAGUGAAGGCCAGGUGGCCAAGCUUCCAACACAUGCACCUGAGCUGCGUUCACACCUUCCAGGGCAUAGUCCGCAGUAACUAACAAACUCAGGAGGAUGCUGUUGGUGCUUCCUCCUGGCCUGUAGCGACCACUGUGGCAUUCUAAUGAAAAUUCUUGUAUUUGUCUUCCCUUUGUCUGUUUCGACAACAGUCUGUCAGCAUGAACUCAGGGUAUCCAUUUACCAUCUGGUCUAGAGCACUGUUGUGAUUCCGUGUGUUUUUUUCAAGUUGCUGCUGCCUUCCAGGCAGACUCCUGCAUUCUCUCUGCCUCCUUUUGAGCUUCCUCUCUGUGCUUCAUCACGCUGCAGGCUCUCUGUCUUUCCUCAGGCAACUCUGAACCCUUCUGCAGGAGAACAGUGUUAGACUUGGGUCUAGACUUGGGAUGUGCGGCUGCCUCCUGUUCUGCUGUCAGCUAACAUCACGCAUCUGUAGCCCCACACAUAUGCACAGCUGUGUUCCCGUGUGCGUGUCUCUGACCCAGGUCGACACCCAGGGUCCACACAGGCUCCUGUUUCCUUUGUCCUUUCUUUACAGUGAACUGGCUGCUCUGUGGAGUCUGUGUUGCGGAGGCCUGUACUUUGAGGCUUCUCCCUGCAACCAGACUCUGUCACUUUGCUGGUCCCAGAGACCCUGUGUUUCCCCAGUUUCUCCCAUGUAGGGCUCUCCUCACCCCUGGGCCAUCAUUUCCUGCCUCUGCUGGUAUUGUCUUCUCCUGGCCCUGAGGCCUGGUAAUCAGCCUCUGCCCCUGCUGGUCCUUGGGCCCUAAUUUCUGCCUGCUGCCUCACCCUACCCUCUCUCAGAGUGGCCCUUGCAUGCUCACCAGCCCGCUCAGCCUGUCCGCUGGAGCUUCCACCUCCCUCUGUCACUCAACCUCAUCCACUGCGAUUCUUUCCCGAUCCCAACCCCCUUUCCGGCCCAGUAUAACUGGUGUAAGGAAGAGUUAUCUGAAGAAGUUGGAUAGUGUUUAGCCACUAGGAUAAGAGCCUCCAGGAACUGCUGCAUUACUGCAAGGCCCUAGAGUGGGAGGGGAAAGCGGUGUGUCACAGUCGGGCCUGCAAGGCCUCUUGAAACACAUCUACACAUCAGCUCCUGUCCCUUACACACCACUGCCACAGUGCCAGCUGUCCCACUAAGCAUCUCCAGAUGUCACCUGACUUGCACCAGUGUCUCAGCAUCUGGAUAGCUGACGGGUUCUUUGGGUAUUGGCCGCCGUGAGGAUAGCAGGUUGGUGUCCAUGACUGUUACUGUGGCCACUUGGGCUGUUUCAGAGUGAGCCUCGUGGUGGACACUUGUUAUGACAGUGACUGCCGGCAAGGUGUGGCGAAUCAGGCCUGUCCCAGCACUUGAGAGGCAGAGGCAGGAAGAUCAUAAGGUUGAGGCCAGCUGGUCUCAGAAGCCCAAAUUGCAAUGAUAACUGCCUACUCCAGGACAGGUUCUCCAGACCAAGCAGUCCUGAGCCCUUCGCAAGCUUGCAGUCACUGCUUAGUUUUCCCACAGACACACUGGGAAUAGAACCCGGGCCUGGAGCCUCAGCCACACCACAGCCAAGAUUCAGUCACCUUGAAACAGCCCAGUGGGUAUUCACCUUUCCUUUCCCGGUUCUCAGUGAGGCAUUUGGAGUUUAAACUUAUCACCUGUCUUUCGCUGAAGAGAGGGCAGAGAGAUGACUGCAGCUAAGAAGAGCACAUGGAGCUCAUAACUCGACCUCCAGAGAGCACAGCGCCCUCUGCUGGCCUCUGCAGGCCCAGAACACAUGUGGGGCACAUACAUACAUGCAAGCAAAACCUUCAUACACAGAAAAUAUUUUUCAAAAAACAGAUAUCGUGGGUCAGCUUUAAUCCUAGUGAUUGGGAGGCAGUCAGGCAGAGCUCUGAAUUCAGUUCUUGCCUGGUCUACACAGAGAGUUCCAGGCCAACUGGGAGCUACCCAGUGAGACCUGUCUCCAAAAGGAGAGAGAGAAAAGACAAGGUCUCCUGUAGCAUGGCUCAUUGUGUGGUCUGACCUUGCCUCCGGGUUCUCCUGCCUCUGCCUCUGGGCAGGCUGGGCCCAAGACCUGGGCCUCUGCACCAGGCUCAAGCUUUCAGGUUCCGAAUCUGAAGGCAGCUCUCUGGACCCUGGGUGCCAGUUAGCCACUCCCCUCCUUGAUACCUGUGAGAGGAGGGGUCGCCUUUCGGAGGAGCUUCAAUGCCUUCCUUCACCAGUGGCUGGAACUUUUCAGAGUCCCCAGUUGUCCUGAAGAAAACAGGAUACUCCCUUCGUCUUAGGGAAACUUUCAGACACACAGAAGCCUCACACCCCUGUAUCCCCAAAGCCCCCUUCAUCUCUUCUGCUCUUUCAUCCCCUGCUCAGACGGCAGAGCAAACUCACAUAUGUUUCAUAGAAGAAUCUUUGUUUGUUUGUUUUUGUUUUUGACACAGUCUCAGUGUAGACCAAGCUGGUCUUGAACUCACAGAAAUAAGCCCGCCUCGGCCUUCCAAGUGCUGGGAUUAAAAGUGUGUGCCACCAUGCCUGGCUAAUGGAAUGACUUUUUAAAGAAAGGCUCACCAGGAUUCUCUGACCCAAGUUACUCCUUUGCUGGCCAGCUGAGUACCUUCCUAGUCCUCUGUCCCCUUUAUCCCACUUUUCUGAGCAUGGUGUCAUGUCGCCCUGGAGAUCUUCCUGUAAUCUUAUGCUUGGGGCCUGUCUCCUUGCCUCUGUACGGCCUGAAAGUGAUCCAUCUUAACAGCAGGCCAGGUUGCUUGGCAGUCCUGUCUCCUGCAGUAGGACAUUUAAUCUGCUCAUGGCUGCUUGCCACAGUUGGGGCCUCUUCCCUUAUUUGGCUUAGUUUCUGGGUCCCUGUCCACCCUGGCCAGGUCAGGCCUCCUGGGAUGCCCCUCGCUCACGGUGACUGUGAAGCACAUGGCAUCCACACUGGUCAAAGGGAGCAUGGAUGAUGACUGUUGUCUGCCUGCUGUGUCCCCAGCACCACCCAGACCACCCACCAUGGGGCCUGGCACUCAGUGCUCAGGGACCAGGUGUGGAGUGAGUGACAUUAGGAUGAUGGAUGGAGGGAUGGAUGGAUGGAUGAUGGAAGGAUGGAUGGAUGGUUGCCUCGCUCAGUAACUAGGCACUUAGCACGAGAGCAAUAGGCAGCCACAGAAGUGUUAGCAGAACUGGCCCAUUUCCUCAGUCUUGAAUGUGCAUUUGACUUCUCUGGGAUCUGGAAAGGGCCCAAGAUACCACACUUCUAAAGGGCCCAGGAUGUGACGGCCUGGCAUAGUGAGGGCCUGGCUGUACUGUUCAGUCAUUGGCCACCAGGAUCAGUGUGGCUUGGAGCACUUGAGAAUAUGGCUUGUGUGAAUUGAGAUAUAUUUUAAGUGUAAAAUACCCACCUGAUUUGAAAGAUGUGGUACAAAAAAUAAUUUUUUAUAUUGCUCACAUGUUGAUAUGGUAAUAUUUUGGAUAUCUUGGGUUAAAUAAAAUAUAUUAUUAAAAUUAACUUUA